UUCGCUGAAUUGAAAAGUCCUACAACCUAUAAAGCUAUCACCUAUUUUUCACAAAAGUAUUAUAUUAAUAUUUAUUGAUUAGUUACCGGCUUUGUAAAUUUUUUUUAAAUAAGUAAAACGUUUUUUAAUUCUUUAAAGGUUGUAAAACAUUCAGUUUUUUCAAAGGUAAAAUGACCCGUUUUAUUCGUUUACGUGGUUUGCCAUGGUCGGCAAAUGAAGAAGACAUUCUUAAGUUUUUGAGUGGAGUUAAUGUGGUAGGGGGUACUAAAGGUGUCUAUAUGGUUACAUACAAAAGUGACGGAAGAAACACUGGAGAGGCUUUUGUUGAACUAGAAAGUCCAGAAGAUGAAGAAGAAGCUUUUAAACAUAAUAAAGAAACUAUUGGACAUCGCUAUAUAGAAAUUUUUAGUGCUUCUAAUGAAGAAGCUGAACAUGCAAUGAAGAAACCGAAUGCUAAUUCAAAUGUGCUCAAAUUGAGAGGCCUGCCGUAUUCUAUUACUGAAGAACAAAUUGAGAAAUUUUUUGAUGGGUUGGAGAUCAAACCAGACCGGGAGGGGAUUCUAAUUGUUAUGGACAGAAGGGGUCGUGCAUCUGGGGAAGCGUAUGUUCAGUUUGAAACUCUGGAAGAUACUGAACAAGCAUUAAAGCGUAAUCGGGAAAAAAUUGGGCACAGGUACAUUGAAAUAUUCCGAAGUUCUAUUGGCGAGAUGCGGCGACAAUCUGGGUCAAGAUCUGGUCCAUAUGACAGAAAAGAUCGUGGCGGUGGUUUAAGAAAUGGUCGUGAUUUUGCCAGAAGUAGCCGUAACAGCGGUCCACGGGGAGGUAGUUUUAAUGGAAGAGAUAGCUUUGGAAGUAGCUCCUUCGGCAGUGGUGGGCGCUUCAAUGAUAGAGAUAACGACCGCUUUGACAGUUACAACAGUUUCGGUAGUGGUGGUGGCAGCAGCGGUAACCCAUUCAAUCGGAAUGGUAGCAGUAACAGCUUUAACAAUAGCGAUUUUGGUGGGUUUGGUUCUGAUCGAAAUGGAGGUGGAAAUUCAUUUGGACCGGUUGGUAGUGGCCGAUCGGGCAGUCGAGAUUGUGAAGGACACUGCGUGCAUAUGAGAGGAUUGCCAUAUUAUUGCUUUGUAAAUGACGUUAAUAAGUUCUUUGAUCCAAUCCGUCCAAACCAUGUUGAAAUCAUUUACAACAGCAAAGGUUUGCAUAGUGGAACUGCUAAGGCAUUUUUUGAAACUCAUGAAGAAUCACAACUAGCGAUGAAAAAACAUCGCAAGCAAAUGGGAAAUCGCUACAUUGAAUUGUUCUACGAUGGAAAAUUGAGAAUGGGAAGUAGUGGAAACAGUGGUGGAAAUCCACGUCGCUUGUAAAUGCAGAAAUCGCUGCAUAAAUUACCAUAGGGAUGAGGGCGUUUAGUUAUAUGAAAUUCAUCUCCAUUAUAAGUAUCUGAAGGAUCACUCGCUUGAAACGAUUUUAUAUGGUUUAAUUUAAUUUUACUGAAAUGAUAUAACUAUUAUUAACAAUUCUAAAAUUUAAGUGGAAAUAAUUUAAUUCCAGAAUUAUCAUAUUAAUUACUUAAUAAAAUAUGCUAUAAUUUUCAUAACUGA